AACUCUAGCCAUCCCUCAAGGAUUAUUCCCUUUAACCAUCGUACACCUUUUGAAAGAAAAGGGUGUAGUAGAAUUCAGUCCCGUUCCAAAGCCUAGCAAUAAAUUCUACAGAUGUCAUGAUGCCAUGUCACUCCAUGUUUACGAGGACUACUUCAUUGAUAUCAUCAAUCGCUAUACACAUCUUGAAAUACAUUUUCAUAUCGAUACAGAAUCUUGUCCACAAAUAGUCACAGAUGUUCGUAAAUUAUUGAGAAAAGUUAUUGAAAAAAGCAGCAAGAAUCUUAAAGUUGUAGGAGAUAGUAAGUUUAUCUUUGCUUUCAAAUGCCCCAAAAAAGAAACAUACUGCAUUGUACGGGAAAAAGACAAAUUUAAAAAGAAAUCUUCCACACGUACCUGUUGUAUUGAAUGUACCCCACCGUGUAAUGUGCUAAAUUUAAAAAAUGAUGAUAGCUACAGAUGUUGGUUUAGUGAUCAAAUAAGUCCAGAAAGAGGCUUAGAAGAAGCUAUUGAUGGUCCAAGGGCUGCUGACUCAUCAGAUCCAGUUCACAUAAACACUGAUCCUGUUAAUAAUCUAGAUACUCAAGGGAAAGGUUCUUUAAUUCUUAAAGAGUCUCACAGUUCUCUCAAUAGUACUGUUGGUCCUACUAGUCAAGAAGUUUUAUCAAAAACAGGGCAAGCCUCAGCUCAAGUUAAACAACCCUCAAAUGCUAAAAAAAUUUCUGCUCCAACCCCACUUGUUGCUGUAGCUCCAAUUCCACCUUCUGAAUUAUUUCCAGAAGAAAAUGAUAAAAAUUUUCGGAUCAUAAAGUUAUCUGAAGUUGCAGAAGCUCUUGUUCAAGAUAUUGUUAAUAUUCGUAUUCUGCUGAUGACUGCCACUGAGAAUGAGCUAAGGGCUGUGUUGGGCUACUUGGAGCCGUUAAAUGAUCAGGAUGAAAUCAUCAAAUCAUUCAUAGAUUCUACUUGGGUUUACAUUGGAAAGUAUGGGGGGCAUGCAGUUGUGGUUGGAAAAAGUGCAAGUUGCAAGGCUGAGCAAGGUGAAUUAAAUGCUUCCUUAACUAUAAAGGCAAUAACGAAAAAAUUUAAGCCAAGUUACGUAAUUGCCAUUGGAAUUUGUUUUGGAAUGGAUCAAAGCAAAGUAAACCUUGGUGAUGUCAUUGUUUCUAAGAAGAUUGUGAACUUAUCUACCUUUCGUAUGAAUAAAGGGAGUAUAGAGUCUCGUAACGAUAGUGACAUUGAACCGGGAACAAAGGUACUUACAAUUUUUUCAGAGAGCAGCAAUUUUAAAAUGAUGCAUUCUGAUAAAGAAAAUGCCAAAGAGGUCAAAGUUCAUUGUGGCCCUAUUGUUUCUUUACCUGUUUUGGUCAAUGAUGAAGAAUUCAAGGAAAAAUUAAACAAUGUAACUCCUCAAGCUGCUCAAGCUCAUCUUGCUGGUGAAAUGGAAGCAGUUGGAAUAUGGUCUGCUUUUAAAACUACUCUUAUGCCACAGUUCAUUGUCAUUAAGGCUGUUUGUGACUGGGGUGAUGGGAGGAAGGAAGCAUGCAGUGGUUGGAAGCCUUUUGCAUCUCAUGCAGCUGCUAGAUAUGUUCAUCACCAAAUGAAUAAAAUUUCUGUAAAAAUGCUAUUAGAGUGAAACCAUUUUAGCUAUUGUGCUAUUUUGAAUUUAAUUUUUGCCCCAGUUUUGAAUUUAGUUGUACAUUAAAUAUUU